UGCUUCUUCUAUCACGAAGGCAUGAAUGAAACGCCGCAAAGUGCUUUACACGAAGCAUCGACGAAAAGUGCUAUCUUAAAUUCGCGAAUGUUCAAUGUGAGUCGCGAAACAGUGUUCUGUGUGCUAUGUAUUACUUAGACGUUUCUCUAGAACUGCCACAUUGUGCUAACUACGAAGUGUCACAGGUCUUUUUAAAGAAAAAUAUUCUGCAAUCUGUUAAACAAUUAUUUGGGGAAGAAGGAACCAAGUGUACAAUUGAUAUUUUGAAGUAUAAUCCAAAGGAUUAUAGAUUUAUCUUACGGUGCCCAAAUGAUUGCUAUGUACGUCUAAGGACAGCAUUAUCACUUGCCGAAAAGUACGAAGACAAACUGUGCAUAUAUCACAUCCAUCGUACCACAGCUAAUCUAUUAUCAUUUUCUGCAGACAGUAGGAAUUAUCAACAUUAAGAUAUAAAGGAUUAUAUACGAGAAAGAAUCUAGU